GUGUGGCAUGUGCUUUUUUUUUUGUAUUGGGGGUUUUUUUAGCGUAAUUGGUUGGGUAUAAGAGUAAAGGUCUGGGGUUUUUGUGUUGUGUUAAAAGUUCGAGAGUUGUAAAGUGCGGAUAGAGAGCAAGCAUUUGCAUUUCUUCAACGACAUACACGCACAUACAUACAUACCACAAAAAAACAAAAGAGAGAAAGCCUAAACAAUGCCAACACGCAGCCCAAUCCCAACCCGCACGGUCAUCGCACCCAAAAAACCCAAACCAACCCGUUCAACCCAACAACAAUCACCUCCCAAACCCAAAACCCCCGAAAGCGCUAAUCCACCUUCAACGUCCCUCAUCGCGCAAUCCCAAGCCCUCUUUCCAGCUCUCGUAGCCGAAGCCGAGCGAUUAUCCCGCCAAGGUCACUAUUCCGCCGCGAUAUCCCUUUACACUCGCGCGAUUGAAACCCGACCUACAGACCCCACGGCCCUAUCACUCCGUUCCAAAUGCCGAAUACUCCAAGGUGAAUACGAAAUAGCCCUCCAAGAUGCGGAACAAGCCCUCAAGGCUGAUCCAUCUUUCGCGAAAGCACUCGCCGCGAAAGCAGAGGCGUUAUUCGCGGCUGGGAAUUUCGAGGAUGCGUUGGUGUGGUAUCAUCGUGGGGCGUACCUUCGGGCUGAUGUUGAGGAGUUUCGGGUUGGGGUUUUGAGGUGUAAGCAGGCGAUCAUGGUGGCUAUUCAGGGGAUUGAUGCGAGUCAAUUGAAAAAGGAGCGAGAGACGAGUACAAAGAGUUCAAAAGGUGUUGGGGUGUAUCAUCCAGGUGUGGUCGGACCUGCGCGGAGGUCUACGACUACACGACAAGUUGAAAAUGUCACGCAACGUCCCACCACGCCGUACGAUACUGAAACCUUUGAGCGAAAUCUUUUAGAAGAGUUGUAUGAGGACCGAGUGUUUUUGCGGGGAUUAGCUUCCGACCCUGUUUUUAUGAGCGCUGCUAAUGGCGAUGUGGGCGCACUUGUUCGUGAGGGUGAGAGGUACAUGGAGGGGAGGUUGGAGUAUUGGAAGAUUAGGAACCCGAGUGGACGGCCGGCGUCGGCGGUGAUUUCCGGGGCGAGAAGGAAUAAAUUCAGAAAGGGGUCUGGGAGGGUGCGUUAGUAUUUGCAUGUGUGUGGUAUCCAUAUUAAAGUUGCAAUGGACAAAUGGAAGAGUAGAUGAAUUGGGGUCAAGAAUGAUAUAUCUUUUAUUAUUUAUUGUAAUGCUUC